AUGCACUUGCGAGCGACAGCGCUGACUGUAUCAAAGGCGAACCAUGGUCGAGGUCGAGAUCCGGACUCGGUGCCGAAACACUUCCUCUCGCAGCCCAUCUGCCACGGCCAGAUUGGCCGCAUGCGCCGCAAAGGAGCCCAACGCAACCUCGUGUUCGAUCGUGCGCUGCCAGCGCCUCCGCCGGCGGAGCCGCCGCCGCUCGGCAAGCUGCGCGGGCUGGAGCACAACAGACCGCACGCAGCAGCCGAGCGCCGGGCAGUGCAGCAGAGCUGCAACCGCGCCGCCACCGCCAUUCCGGGCGACGGCGUGCAAGCGGGCGCUGGGCAAGCCGCUGCGCUGCAGCUGGGCGCUGAGCACGCGCUCACUCGUCCCUCCCACCCGCAACCUCGGCCUCUCGCCUCGCAGAAGGGCAUGCACGCGGGCGCGAGGCCGGCAAGAGCGCAGCCGCAGCCACAGCAAACGAUGGCGUCGAUCGGUUGGACGGUGGCGGGAGCGGGACCGGCAGUGGCUGCAGGCGGAGGUGCCGUAGCGGGAGGAGGGCUUGAAGCGGCGUGGGUUAUGGGCGUUCCGGUGACCACAGGGGCGCCGAUCGAGACCGACGUCGAUGUAAUCGGGACACCCACCGCAAUGGCUGAGGUGUCCAUUGCAAUUGGGGGCUGCCCUUGUCAACUCCAGGCUGCGCUCUCCGGGCAAGCUCUCCCUUCUCUCUCGGGAACGCCGCUUUUUGCGAAGAAGAAUCUUACAACAAAACUCCCUCGCACAACACUGGGCACGGGACUGGCGCGCACUGGCACGAACACAGGAAGAAGAAUUGUGCGUAACCUGGUUUAG